AUUACGGGCUUUGUGUGAGUGACAGGCAUGACACGUGACUCAGAAUUCACAUCAGACAUGAGCUUUUCGGUUCGUAGCCUGUCAAGAGUCCAUCAGCCCAUCAACACCCCGCAACCCAGCUAUUAGUGCCACCAUUUGUCUCGCACACCAACCAAAGCUCCACAACUGUUACCGGUAUGGUGGAUCUCUCCUCCUUCUCGGUUCGGGCGUUGACACGCCGACGGCCAGUUACGACAACUCCAAGCAGCACAGAUGCAGAGGCUUCGCAAGCCCUAAAGCGAAGUCUGAACGCGGUCGAUUUGAUAUUUUACGGCGUGGGAUGUAGUGUCGGGGCCGGGAUCUACUCCCUCGUUGGAAUUGGAGCCAACACAGCAGGUCCCGCUAUUGCCUUUUCAUUUGCCUUUGCUGGCGUCGCCUGCGUCUUCACUAGCCUAUCAUACGCCGAGUUUGCGAGCCUCUUGAAGACGGCAGGAUCAGCCUACACAUAUGCUUAUGUUUCGUUUGGGGAACUGGCUGGAUGGUUGGUCGGGUGGAACCUGACAUUGGGAUAUGCCGUGAGUGCAGCUGUUGUGGCUCGCAGUUGGGCUGAGUACACGGCUGAUUUCAUUGGAAGCUUCAUUCCCGAGCAGUUCGAUGCCCACUACCUACACUGGCUGACCAAGAUGCCUUUACCCGCAAUGAUCGUUGGAGAGGAUUACACCUGCUGCCCACUCUCUAUGCUCAUCAUUGGCAUAUGUACACUUGUCCUAGUGACUGGAGUAAAGGAAAGCGCCAAAUUCAACUUGAUCAUGACGAUACUGAACCUGGGCGUUCUGGCCCUUGUGCUCUGCAUGGGUACGCCGGUGAUCUCCACAGACAACUGGUUUCCUGUUUUCCCUCAUGGCAUUUCUGGAAUGGCCCAAGGAGCGGGGCUAAUAUUCUUUGCCUAUCUGGGGUUCGACAUGGUGAGCUGCCUCUCCGAAGAAGUCAUAAACCCAGAGGUCAACCUUCCGCUCGGAAUUAUUGGUUCCCUUGCAGUAUCCUUGUGCAUAUACGUGGCCGUGGCUGCGGUCGUUGUCGGAAUGGCACCGACCACAUUGUUGGGAGAAGAUGUCCCCAUAAUCAAUGCACUUCUGAGCAAUGCGUGCUGUCGACAUACGGAUCAACUACUGGAAGACGCCGCGCAGAAAUGCUUAUCCUAUGAAUGUAAUCCUGUUUUGCAUCCUCUUCUUUACCUUGGCAGCAGAGUGGUCUCUGUGGGAGGGAUAUUUGGCUUGACCACAGCUACCUUUACAUGCUUGAUGGGGCAGCCGAGAAUCUUCUAUAGCAUCGCUCAAGAUGGAUUAUUCUUCAAGAUCUACUCUCGAGUCGACCCCAAAACAGGGGUUCCAUUCCAUGGGACAAUAAUUACUGGCGUUUUGGUGGCUUUCAUUGCAUGUUUGUUUGAUUUGGAAUCAUUGGCCAAUACCAUCUCGCUUGGGACAUUGCAGGUCUUUACAUUUGUCAAUGCAGGGGUUAUCUUGCUGCGAAUGCGGCUUUCUAAUGCUCCAGAUCCAGGUGAAGAAGAACUGUCUCCUCUUGUACCAAAAUCUCCAAUAUCUAGGGAUCCCGAAGCUGAUUUUGUUGCUAGAUCCCUCGGUCUUCGGAAAGAAACAUCCAUUGAAAUACGAAAAAGCUUACGCAACAGCGCCAUUUUCAUAAGUUCACGGGACAACGAUACAAAGCCAAUAUGGUACGUGACAGCUUUCACGCUGGCAGCCUUGGCAUUGUCAGUGUCAGUAUCAACAGGCUGCAGGUGGGGUUCAUGGAUUGCAGCUGCAUCAGUUGUGGCAAUGGCUGCCUCCACUAUACUCCUAUAUUCUUUGCCACAAUCACCACCGACGCAAUCCUUUGCAUGCCCAGGUUUCCCAGGCGUUCCUUUGCUUGGCAUUCUAUGCAAUUGUUACAUGAUGGGGUCAAUGCAGGCACAAACGUGGGGCCUCAUUUCGGGCUGGCUUUUCAUAGGACUCCUAUUUUACUUUGGCUAUGGCAUACACAAUUCCAACUUGAGAGUAAAAGAUGACGGACGGGCUGGACUCUCAAAUCAACCGAAGAGUUCGGGCAGCCAAGAAACAAAGCAUGGCUUAAUUGCGGGCAGGAGACUGAAAUCGUAUGACAGCACGAAACCUUUGGCGUAGACUGGAGCGAGUCAUCUGGUGACAUUGUCCACACCAAAAGUACACGCAAUCUACCCUCUGGAAAGGUUGGCAUGCGUCCAAGUUCCGGCGGAGACAUUACUUUCAAACCAACGAAACCUACGAGGCCCCAGUCUUCGGGAGACAAAGUCCCACGAUUGCCAGGGAAAAAAAUUCAUGCACGAAUAUCAAUGUGCAACAAUGUAGUUCAUCGUCCGGCAGAGACUAACUCCACUCCUACUGAAGUACUAAUCUGCAGAGCAAAUGAGGGCCUGCACUUGGGAUAGAAAGGCACGAUAAUUUACAGUAGUACAAAUGUCCGGCGUGGUAAAAUACCCCGAGAUCGCUUCGGCUGAGGAUCACCAGAAGGAAACGGACACGUCCGGAUCAUACAUGUACAUGUGCCGGUACCUACUGUGCAACAGCAUUGUGAGGAAACAGUACCUGUAGCAAGACGCGUUCAUCUAGUUCAGAUGCCACCAGGAAACUAGGAAGAAGCAGCGAUUGAACGGUAUGGUAACACUCUUCUCAAAAUGCUCACGUUCUCCCGCAUGCCUUCCCGCUUGCAUCUCUACCAUCGAUAUUGCUUGCCCGUAUGCACAUUUUAGCCCGAACCCAAGAACAAGACGUCCUCGAAUCGAUCUGUUGUGUCAAAGUAAGUCGAAAACUUGAGAACCGCCACAACACAACAACAACACGAUGGUACAUGUACCACUGCCCGAAUCGGCUUGGUUACAAAGAGACUAUCACUCUGCUUACUAUUUACCAUACCCGUAGGAUUGCUGCGGAUGACAUGGCAUCGAAAGCUCACGCCACUCCAAUGGCGGCAAGUGCGUCUGUUCCCGUCCCAACCAUAUCAGCAGGAACUCAACAGGUCCCACCAGACGAAUGGGAAACAGCAUUCGGUCCUCGUGGCAGAUGGCGUUAUGGCAUUUUCGAGUGCUUUGACAUCUGCUGCCAACCUCUCUGCCUAAUGGCCUGUUGCAGCUGGACCAAUAUCAUCCUUCUGGGGCAAAUAUUGCAACGAAUGGGAUUGGACUAUUGUGGGUCAUACGAACCACAACAAGCCCACAAUACAUGCAAGACAGUAUCCAUCAUCUGGACAGUCUAUCUGAUCUUUUGGUUCUUUGGGCUGAGCCUUUUUCUGAUUCCCUUUAUCAUUAUUUGGGGGUGUGUAUUCACACUUCGCCUCAGGAUGGCAGUCCGGGAGCGUUUUGAUAUCCCUCCUGAAUACUGCAAUUGUUGCAAUGGCGGCUUUGAGGAUAUGAUGUGCAUGAACUUCUGCUCCUGCUGCACAGCCAUCCAGCUGGCCCGUCAAACUCAUAAUGAACGCCGGUACCCAUACACCGUUUCCAGUGAGACUGGGUUGCCUAUAUAUGCUCCCUGCAUCUAUCAACAACAAAUGCCCCCCACAUCCCCAGCAGGUGUAGCUGUGAACCCGUCACAGGUGGCCCCUCCUCCACCACCAGCAACCGCUCCUCCACCACCAGCAAAACUGCCAGUAGCUUCUGCCCAAAUUAUCCGACACGAAGAAGGAGGAGGCACAGUACUGCAUGCCUAAUAUGUGGCAACGUUAAUUAAUUCUCUGGUCAGCUCAAUUUAUUUGCAUUUUACUCUGCAGUUGCUUCAAAUCUGUUUCUGCCGAAAAGAAGGCACUCCUGAGUAAUCAGAUUUCUGAACUUGAAAACGGCGUUUGCUUGGAACAAUUCUUACAUGUAGGUUGCCCAGGAAACAUACGAUACCCAGAUUACUACCGUACAUGUAACUGCACCGGUGCAUGCAGUAGUUCUAGCUGUGCUGGACCAAAAACAGAUGCGCUGUUGCUCGUGCUGUCUCUUCCUUUCAUAUCCAAGGCCUCUUGCCUACCGUAGCUAGCUAGGUUAGGUCGUAUCCUUUUCCAAGCAGAGGGGGGCAACUCUCUCCGUCCCCAGUGCUUGGCCAAUAGAGAAGACUUGCUAC